UCAGAUGGGGGCGGGGCUGAACACAACGUUGGGUCGUGUGUGACCUCACGAAUGUCGUCUCACUUCAUUUCCCAGCAGUCUCCGCGCCACGGAGUCAUUUCCGGAAGAGAAGGCGAAGCAGGUUCUCGGCGUCUGAAGGAUGAAGAGCAGAACCGAUGAGGAAGAGUACUGGAACAGUUCCAAGUUCAAAGCCUUUACCUUUGACGAUGACGAGGACGAACUCAGCACGCUGCAGGAGUCCAAGCGGGCGGUGGACAGCAUCAGUGGGCUGGUGGGCGGAGACGAGGACGAGGACCAGGUGGAGAUAGUGGGCUGGGGCGGGGAGCCCGUGGACAGCAUUGUGUGGUCGGUGAGAGAGACGGCGGCAUCGACCAAUCAGAGGCCAGAGAGAGAGUCCACCCCCCAGACGAACACUGGUCCCUCCCAAAAAAGCAGGAGCCAAUCAGUAUACUCACUGAGCUCCCUCUUUAGAGGAAAGAACAGGGGAGACAACUUCACCAUCGGCGCUGAGGCGCUGAGCGACUCCACGACCGGACGACUCUUCGCUCCAGAGCUGCGUAAACCUAAGUCUGAAUACAAGGAGCUGCAGAGGGAUUGGUCGCCUGAGGAGACUGUGUGCAGACUGCAACAGGGAAAGGUGGUUUCUCUGGAAAAGUUCCGUUCUCUGCAGGAGAAACUGUUGCUUCUGGAUUAUUCCGUCAAGGCCAACGAUGGAAACGUCAUCACUGCUGUUUUGAUAUUUUUGAAGAAGACUUUAAGUAAAGAGAUUUUGUUUCAAGAGCUCCAGUCCAGACAAACAGCUCUAAGACAUUUCAUCAACUUCCUGUAUGAGACUGAAGAAAGUGGGCUGCUGCUGGAGCUCCUCAGGUCUCUGGGCAGGACAGAGGAUGCAGCGCUGCUCCAAUAUAAAGAACACCAGAGUAUCAGUGAUGAAAGCAGGAGGCGGGACUUCCUGAAGAGCUGCCUGAGGCCAGUCAAUCCCAUUGGUUUCCUGUCUCAGUGAAACCGUUUCCUUCUGUUGGAGCGACAGAUCAUCAUGGAGGAGACAGACGGACAGAACGAGCGUGGAGGAAAAGUGGAAAUUUUCCAAAAGGUUCCGAGAAAAUCUUCCAUCCUGAACAUGCCCCUGGUCACCACGGUGUACUACGCCUGUGUUUACCACUACAACGAGGCCGAGGGAACCCUCAGUAGUCCUCACAACCUCCGUCAGACCUUCAGGAUUUCAGAGAAGCAGUUCUUUGUGACGGCGUUGGCGGCUCGGGCCAAGUUGAAGGCGUGGUCUGACGUGGACGCCCUGUUCUUCAGCCGGAACUGGCUGGGCCCAAACAGGAAGAAGACACCGCUCGCCUUCCACCGCGUGGUCGACAUCCUGCACAAGAACUCCGCUCCUCCCAAGGUCCUUCAGGACUACGUUGGGCUGGUGGACGACGCCCAGCUGCGGCUGUCGCUCGCCCACAAACACAAGUGUCACGACAUCGUCAUCAAUACGUACAGAGACCUGAAGGACCGGCAGCUUUUACUGGGAUACAGAACAAAGGUGGAGGUGGGGUCAGAGGCCGACUCCAGGAUCAGUCAGCUGCUGGACAACCCGCAAAUCCGUUGGAAGAAUUGAUGGACGCAGCAGCCACGUCCAACGUCACGGCAAAAAACACGGGAAUGAAACGAUGACAUCAUCACUUCUUUUAGAUUCUUUUAUUUUGUUACAAACAGUAGUGUUGACUCCGCCCACUCCUCAGUUCUUACAUAAUAUUCCAGACUUUUCUUCUAUGAUAACAUUAAAGUUGAUGUGACGUAAA